CUGAUUUUGCUAGGACUAGUGUUAACAAAUUUUCUCAGGUUAAGCCCGUGAGCUCACCUACCCGUCCACGCGUAGCUGAAAUAGCCUGCUGAGCUAGCGAAUAGACCAUAGAUAGAUCAGCGAAUAGGUAGGAAAAAAAACUAGUCGUGUGUAGAACUACGAAAACUGUAAAGUAUACGAAAUGUCAGCAAUAAUAAACACAAGCUUAAACCGUUAAUAAUAAUAAAUUUUAUUUCCGAAUUAAAUUCCAUAUGAAGUGUUAGUAAUACAAAAUAUUAAAAAAGCAGUAGAUUUUAUUUAUUUUACAUCGACCAUGGCUGGUCUUGAGCCAACAUGGACUUCGUUCCAGUGCCUCAGUAUAGGGCAGCAAUAGCGACUCCCUAUCGCGGCCAGGAGGCUCUUCGGGCUGUCCCGGAGCCGGCACCACGCCGCACGCACGCAAUGUCGAUGUAAUUAUGUUUACGACUCUCAGAGACUGAACAAAUUUGAUGUAACUGCUGAUUUUUAUGAAAAUUAUGCAUAGCUUUCGUUCAUUGUGUGUUUUUCGAAGAGAAUAAUAAUGUUAUAAUGCAUAAUUAAUUCAAAUACAUGUGCUUGUUCAUUGCUAGAAAUUUGAUCAGUCAAAAUAUUGAAACCUUUGGGGGUCGAUGCUUCCCGCUUCCGUGGGCUUAAUCCGCGAUAGGUAACCUCCGGGUGGUGAUAACGGGAGCCGAUAACAUAAGCGGUGGUAGACCUUGUCUACUUGUGGGAUUUAAAUACAAAUAAACAACCCUAUAAUGCUGAAAGCAUCACCUCAACCUGCAGGUUCCACGAGUGUACAGCAUGCACUCAUUUUUUUAUCAUGAGAUAUCUCAUGAUAAAAAAAACCGAAACGUAAUUAAGAUGGAUUAAUGAAAUUAUUCUACAUGUAAUAAUCAUUAUCGAUCAGUUAUCUAACAAAUCUGACUUGUAAUAAAUGCAAUAGAUGACACCAAUAGUGCAGUCGUAACUGAAAUGGCAAUCUGGACUGUUGUGAUAUUUCUGGUGGCGUUCGUCGGGGGUCAGGCGCUCGCCGACGACACCGAUUUCACUUUCCCUGAAAUCGCUCGCGAGCGUUCCCUGCCGGGUUCUAGAAUUGUAUCAGGAUGGGAGGCGAGUGAAGGCCAGUUCCCUUACCAGCUCUCGAUUCGUAUGGUCAGUACUGUGGGAGGAGUCAACGCCUGCGGAGCCACCAUCAUUCAUAGCAACUGGGGGCUUACAGCUGCUCACUGCACCGGUUUGCGUGUAACAAUCAUCGUCCGAGCUGGAGCAGUGAACCUGACCCGUCCCGGCUUGCUUUUCGAGACCACUAAGUACAUAAAUCAUCCUGAGUACAGCGAAAAUUUGAACGUAGUGCAGCCUCAUGAUAUUGGUCUAAUAGACUUUGGUAGAAAACUAGAGUUUAAUGAUUACAUUCAGCCAAUCAGACUGCAGAGAUCCGCGGAUAAAGAUCGUAAUUACGACAAUGUCAGACUUGUCGCCAGCGGAUGGGGCCGCACCUGGACCGGAAGCGCAUCUCCGGAGAACCUGAACUGGGUGUUCUUGAACGGAAUAUCGAAUCUGCGUUGUAUGGUGGCCUACAACUUCAGUCCCACCAUUCAGCCCUCCACCAUUUGCACGCUUGGUUACAACGACACCACGCAGUCCACUUGCCAGGGUGACAGCGGUGGUCCUCUGACAGUGAUCGAUGAAGACGGCCAAAUCACACAAGUAGGAGUCACUUCGUUCGUGUCCAGCGAAGGCUGCCACGUGGAUAUACCUGCAGGUUUUAUCCGGCCCGGCCACUACCUCGACUGGUUUAAGACGGUCACCGGUUUAGAUUUCGAUUGGACAUCGAGCACAACACAAGCACCUGAGACAACAGAAACACCCGGCGCAACAGAAGCGCCUGUGACAACAGAAGCUCCCGAGGCCACAGAAGCACCCGUGACCACAGAAGCACCCGGCGCAACAGAAGCACCCAACACAACUGAAGCACCCGACGCAACAGAAGCACCCGUGACCACAGAAGCACCCGAGAUAACAGAAGCACCUUACACAACAGAAACACCCGAGACCCCAGAAACCAGAUACCGAAACUUCGGCACCGCUUUUUGAAUAGUAAUAUUCAAAAACAAUUUGACUUUUUGAUGAAUGUUGAACAAUUUUUUUUGUAGAAUUUUAGUGGAAUAUAAAUUAUAAUUCUA